AUGACGCUGCUUUCCAAGGCCAUCACCGCUUUAGGCGGCCUUCUGCUUGGUCACGCCUGCUACUCGGCCCGGGAACACACUACGCUCCUGUCACUGCGUGCUGCCACCGCUGCCACGCUGACCUCAUCGCCGACGGCUGCCGGAUCCCUUCCUCUGGACAUCAUAAUCGAAACCAUCGUCUCCACUUUCAUCAUCCUCGUCGGGCUGGUCCUUGGAACCCGCCCUCUGCGCCCCAUUGAGUGGCGUGUCUGGGCAGGCAAGAUUGAGCGGGAAGGCGAGGAGGGCUUCACGGACAGCUCUGGCGCGGUAGACAAGGACUUUGUGGGCAAUCCCUUCAGCCUGUUGGAGGCGAGGCCAAACUUUGUGGAUAUUCGGAAGCAGCGCAGGGACUUCUCCGAGUGGGUUCGAAAGGGGGAUGCUCAACGAGCGCAGUGA